AUGGAAUUGAAUUGGGUUUGGACGAGUGCUGCCACUUUGUUUGCAUGCUACUUUUUUGUAUGUAAAUUUUUGAGGGGGUUGAAUGGGUGGUAUUAUGAUCUAAAAUUAAGAAACAAACAGUACCCACUUCCUCCUGGUGAUAUGGGAUGGCCUCUUUUUGGCAAUAUGUUGACAUUCCUCAAGGACUUCUCAUCUGGUCAUGCAGAUUCAUUCAUCAACAACCUUGUUUCCAGAUACGGACGCACUGGGAUCUACAAGACUCACUUGUUUCUGAAUCCAAGCAUCAUUGUGUGUGCUCCUGAGACGUGCAAGCGAGUGUUGCAAGACGAAGAAAACUAUAAGCAUGGUUAUCCAACGUCCACCCAAGAACUAACACGAAGUAGACCCUUCGAAGGUGUGGCUGGUGCAGAACACAAGCGUAUAAGACGCCUAGUCACUGCUCCCAUUGUGGGACAACACAUGUUAGUGAAGUACCUAGAACGCAUCGAGAACAUUGUCAUUAAUUCGUUAGAAGAAUUAUCUACCAUUAAGCACCCAGUUGAGCUUCUAACAGAGACCAAAAAGAUUUCCUUUAAAGUCAUCAUUCACAUUUUCUUGGGCUCUUACAAUGAGGGCAUCGUCACAAAAGUAGGAGAUUUGUUCACUGUUUUGUUCGAUGGCCUAUUCUCUGUGCCCAUAAACGCACCCGGUUUCACAUUCAACAAAGCACUCAAGGCACGUAAGAAGCUGGUCAAAAUCAUUCAAUCUGUCCUGGACGAAAGGAAGUUGAUGAUGAAAAAAGGUGAAAUUGUAGAUAAGAGAGAUCUUGUGGAUAUUCUUUUGGAUGUCGAUGGAGAGAAUGGUAAAAAAUUGGAGGAUGAGGAUAUUAUUGACUUGUUAUUAGCACUUGUAUUUGCUGGUCAUGAAACCACAGCAACUGGUAUGAUGUGGUCACUCAUACAUCUUACGCAGCAUCCAGAUAUCAUGAAAAAAGCCAAGGAAGAGCAAGAAGAAAUUAUGAAGAUGAGACCGUCCUCACAAAAAUAUCUAAGUCUUCAAGAAAUUAAACAAAUGGUUUAUCUUUCAAAGGUUAUUAAUGAAACAUUGCGUCUGGCCAAUAUUCUCUUUUCAGCUUUUCGAGUGGCAACUGCUGACGUGAACAUAAACGGUUAUAUCAUACCGAAAGGAUGGAAAGUGUUGGUUUGGCUAAGAGCUAUUCAUAUGGAUCCUGAAUAUCAUUCAAAUCCAGAAGAGUUUAAUCCAUCAAGAUGGGAUGGUUACAAUGCUAAAGUAGGAGCCUUCCUUCCUUUCGGAACAGGAUCUAGACUUUGUCCUGGAAGUGAUCUAGCCAAACUUGAAAUGUCCAUUCUUUUGCAUCACUUUCUUCUGAAUUAUAAGUUGGAGCAAAUAAAUUCAAAAUGUCCUAUUACUAACUUGCCAAACACCAAGCCCAAGGACAACUGUCUCGCUAAGGUGAUCAAAGUCCCUUGUGCAUAG